AUGGGUCGACAUUUGCGCCUCUUCCCAGCGCUUGGCCUUGCCGCGGCCGUGGCGAUUGCCGGAAGUCGUGUAAAUGCAGCAGCAUACGUCCACGCGCAGAGCGAGCAGAAGCCAAUUUCAGAGCAAGGUUCUACCGCGAGUGGAAACCCAUUGACGGCUGAGUUUGGGGGUUUUGUGCGUGAGCAGUUGGAGAAGUGGAAGGUUCCCGGCGUUUCAAUUGCGGUGAUUGACGGUGAUGAUGUGUAUACCGAGGGUUAUGGAUAUGCGACGUUGCCGGAUAUCCCAGCUACGCCAGAGACUCUCUGGUACGGCGCAUCGACAAGCAAAGCGCAAGUAGCUGCUGUCCUAUCUGCGCUUAUUCACUCGAGCAAUUACUCGGCCUUUUCGCAGGGCUGGGCGACGCCCAUUUCAUCCAUUAUCCGGGACGACUUUGUCCUGCAGGACGAUUGGGCGACGAAUCACAUUACUUUGGACGAUGCCGUGAGCCACCGAACGGGCAUGCCCCGUCACGACAUUUCUUCCGUCAAGGAGAUUGAUGGAAGGCCGGCACUUCCGAGGGACAUUGUUCGCAAUCUGCGGAAUUUGCCAAUGACUGCUGAGCCGCGGGUGACGGUUUAUUACUGCAAUUUGAUGUACGUGACGCUUUCGUAUGUCAUUGAGACGGUCACGGGCAAGUGGCUUGGCGAUGUGCUUAGGGAGCUCCUGUGGGAGCCUCUAGGAAUGACGUCGACCUAUUUUGACCUGCAGAGCGCUUUGGAUGCUCCUGAGCACAUGGCUUCGGGAUAUGCCUGGAACUUGGACAAGGAAGAGUAUGAGGAAAUCCCAUUCAUGACUUUGACCGAAGUCAGCGGAGCGGGAUCCGUCAUCUCCAACGUUGUCGACUAUGCGAAAUGGGUGAAGAGCUUGAUUCACCAGUCUGGUCCUCUAUCUGGAGAUGUCCACAAGGAUAUCAGAACGCCGAGAGUGUUUUGGCCUGGGGAGCCUGGAAAUGGCCUCGAUCUCCAGCUUUAUGGGCUUGGCUGGGUUAGGACUUUGCAUAAAGGCCAUGUGUUAUAUACCCAUAGCGGAGGGAUGCAUGCGUAUGGAGCUGAGGUUUAUUGGUUUCCGGAGGCCAAGUAUGGUGUGGUAGCCUUAGGAAAUACCGCCAAAUGCCAUGUCGUGGAAGAGAUUGUUGGAUGGAAGCUCAUUGAAGACAAACUUGGUAUUCCUGAAAAGGACCGCGCUGAUUUUGGCGCCAAGUGGAGCAAAGCCGAAGAGAAGCUGGAUUGGUUGUACGACAAUGCGCUGGACGUUCUGUACCCUGACAGGCCAAAUCCCGGAUUGCCAUCUACGUUGUCUACGAGCGAGUUGCUGGGCACAUACUACAAUGUCGGAUACGGAAACAUUACCCUUCGCGAAGAGCCUCACCCAGAUAAGCCGGGCGAGAAGAUUCUUGUUGCGGAUCGCCCAGACUCCACGUGGAACUACUCAAUGCACUUUCAUCACGUCUCUGGCGAUCAUUGGAUCGUAUACCUACCAGCGCCAAUCUACGGCGGCCGCAAAUACGUGGACUUUAUGGCAGCGGAGUUUAAGGUGGGCGCCGAUGGAAAGCCUUCCGCGAUUGAGAUUGUAUGGGAGAGUCGAACGGAUCCCAUGCCUGAAGGAACGGCGGAGUAUAAGCGAAUCGCGUAA